AUGUUUCGUUCCAAGAUUCGUAUCCACACUUGCCAAGUGAUACUGCUGACUUCUCUAGUAUGGUUUCUAGUUGAUGUUAUGGUACUUAUGUACUACUCAGACUGCAUUGGUCGAAGUGGUUGGGGAUGCUACGAAGUUAAAGAAACAUCUACUGAUGAAACUCUAGCACAUCCUGAAGCAUUAAAAGGUGAAGUCCAGCUGACAACCGAAAGAAAUUGGGGUUAUAAACAAUCGGAAUUGCACUUAUGGAGACCAGCUAAAGUAGUUCGAGAAAACCGAGGAAGCCCCGGAGAAAUGGGAUCAGCAGUUCGGAUUUCACCAGAAAAUGAAGCGAAACAACAAGAACUAUUCAAAUUGAACCAAUUUAAUCUCAUGGCCAGUGACAUGAUUUCGUUGAACCGUUCUUUGAAGGAUGUUAGAUUAGAAGGAUGCAAGAAUAAAAAAUAUCCUAAAUUUCUACCAACCACCAGCAUUGUGAUCGUAUUUCAUAAUGAAGCUUGGAGCACAUUAUUGCGGACAGUCUGGUCUGUUAUCAACAGAUCCCCAAGGUCUUUGCUUAAAGAGAUUAUUCUCGUUGAUGAUGCUAGUGAACGAGAUCAUCUAAAACAAGAUUUAGAAGAUUACGUACGAAUGUUACCUGUUCCAACGUAUGUAUUACGAACAGAGAAAAGAUCAGGACUGAUCAGGGCUAGACUUUUGGGAGCAAAACAUGUAAAGGGACAAGUUAUUACAUUUCUCGAUGCUCAUUGUGAAUGCACAGAAGGUUGGCUUGAGCCACUCUUAUCGAGGAUCGUAGAAAAUAGGACAACUGUUGUUUGCCCGAUUAUAGACGUUAUCAGUGAUGAUACAUUUGAAUAUAUAACUGCGAGUGACAUGACAUGGGGAGGGUUCAACUGGAAACUCAAUUUUAGAUGGUACAGAGUAGCACAAAGAGAAAUGGACAGGCGCAACGGUGAUAGAACUGCUCCAUUAAGAACACCGACGAUGGCUGGUGGUCUUUUUUCUAUUGAUAAAGAGUAUUUUUAUGAAAUUGGAGCAUACGAUGAAGGAAUGGAUAUUUGGGGCGGUGAAAAUCUUGAAAUGAGUUUUAGGGUAUGGCAGUGCGGUGGUACUUUAGAAAUCAGCCCGUGUUCACACGUGGGUCAUGUUUUUCGUGACAAGAGUCCUUACACGUUCCCUGGUGGUCUCAGCAAGAUUAUACUCAGCAACACAGCUAGAGUAGCAGAGGUCUGGUUGGAUGAGUGGAGAGAAUUUUACUAUGCCAUGAAUCCAGGUGCUCGAAGUGUUCCAGUGGGAGAUGUAUCGCAGCGAGUACAAUUACGCGAAAAGUUGAAAUGUAAAAGUUUUAGGUGGUACUUGGAGAACAUUUAUCCUGAAUCUCCAAUGCCACUGGAUUAUUAUUAUUUGGGAGAUGUAAAAAAUUUAGAAAUGCGCAAUUGUUUAGACACUAUGGGCAGAAGAUCUGGAGAAAAUGUUGGCUUGAGUUAUUGCCACGGUCUUGGUGGCAAUCAGGUGUUUGCUUACACUAAAAGACAGCAAAUAAUGUCUGAUGACAUGUGCCUCGAUGCAGCAAGUCCCCAGGGUCCAGUUAAAAUAGUCCGUUGUCAUGGAAUGGGAGGCAAUCAAGCUUGGUCAUACAACGAAGAGACAAAGAUGAUUAGACAUUCAAAUACUGGAUAUUGUCUAGCAGUUCCUCAACAAGGUGAUGUAUCAAUGCCAGUGUUAGCUCCAUGUGAUGUGCAUAAUCUUGGACAAAAAUGGAUAAUGGCUAGUAAAUUUAAAUGGCAAGCAAGCUAAUAUCGGCUAGCUAACGUGGGAAAUAAUUUCACGCAAUACUUGUUAAUGUAUUUAUUGAAUUCUAAUUCUAAUUUGCUGAUUGGCUCUCAGAGAGCUUUGAAUGCAAGAUGAACGUCAGAGUGAGUGUAUUAAAAUGUAUUCUUUGAAAUAAUUAUUAUUGAUAAAAAUUUCAAAGAAUACAUUUAUAAUAAAUCAUUGAAAUACUUUAUUGGUUUAUAAUAAAAAAUUAAAUAGAAAAAAAAAAGAUUCAUGAAUAGCAGUACAUACAGAGUUUACUGCCCUGUUCGUAUGGUAUGCCUUGAUGCUGCAUCUAAAUAAGUAACGCUGUGGUAGCUGCUAAAUAAAGUUAUAAAUGCGAGAUCCUACUGUAUAAUGAGUGAAUGAAGGAAUAGUAGAAGUUAAAGCAUAUCAGACAACUGUUAAUAAUGAAUAUUAAUAAUAAUUGUUAUAAUGGAGAAAUUAGAAAAUUAAUCUUAAUAAGUUGCAGGGAAUGAGUGCAAUGAAAAUAAAAAUAAUCACAAGCGUUAAUUAAAACAACAUUAAAUGGACGCAAUAAGCUCGUAAGUGUCUCAGCUAUGAUCGAUUGAAUGUAAAACAAGCAAUCAAAUAUUUUUUUAUUUGAAAAAAUUGCUUAUUAGUUCAUCAUCAUAUAAAAAAUACUUCAGAUACAUUUUAUACUUACUAAUGAAUGUAAAGACAAUUUUUGCAUGAUUGUAUUUAUCUAAUACGUACACUUGUUGUAUAAAACGACCGGUGUCUUUCAAAGACUGUCCUUUCUAUUUUUUAAGAUCAAACUUGAUAUGAGGAGUCUUCACAAUUUUCAUUAUAAUAAUAUAAUUGUAUAGUUUUGUACAAUAUCUAAGAUGUUCGAUUAAACUCCUUCCCAUUAACUUAAUUUUUGAUACAUCACUAAAAAUUGAAAAUUCUAUCGUUAUAGUUGUGACAUUUACAAAAAUUUUGUAGAGAUGUUAAUAAGACAAGCAAAGGGAUGAAUUAUGUGACAAAAAUUGUAAAAAUUAUAAUUGUUAAAUAUUUUUUGUCACCUUCAAUGUAACAAAUAUCUCAGCUUAAAAAGUGAAAUCUACAAAUAAGGAAGAGUUCUAUAUAACUUGAUAAAUAUCAUUUAAAAAAAUUAUUAACACUUAAGGUGAUGGUUGAAUAGUUCAUUCACUACAGCUUGAAUAUAUAUUUAAUUAAUUGUUUUCCCAGACUACGAUGUUUAUUUUUGUACAGUUUUAAAUUGGUAAUAUAAUUAUGGAAUUAAAAUGUCCGAUUUUAUAAGCGAUUUUUAACUUAAAAUGAUUGUAAAUGAAUAGUACUUGGAUAUAAGUUAGCAAAAAAAAACAUUUAGUUAUGUAUUUUUUUUAUCUUAUGACGAGUAAUAUUUACGAAUUAUUUUAUAUUUUUAAAAGGCAAGCAGUAAUGUAAAAAUGUUCCGCCCACUUGUACAAGGAAUUUAAUUCCUUUAUCUCAGUUCUUCCAAUAGUUUAUAAUAUUUCAUGCGUUAGCUUUAACAAUCCAAAAUUUUAAGUUUCUAUUGUUUCCCACUCAUAAAAUUUAUGGAGAUUUCAAGUAUCAUUUAUUUACAUAGGAUAAUGCAUUCAACAGUAUUAUCCUAAUUAUUUUAAUACUAUCUACUGUUAUUAAUUUUAGUAAUAUAACUAUUAUUAUCAUGAGUUAAUUAAGCAAUGUAUUGGACAAUUGAUGUUAUUAUUAUUGUAGAUAUAUUAAGUUGCAAAGCAAAGUGAAUCUUCCUUCAUUCCAUUGCACGUAAUUAAUAUUUGAAUAAUCAGUAAAUAUCUCCAUCGCUUGUACAUCACGAUUCAUACUAUCAUAAGUACACGGAUCUUUGUUACAGAUCAAAUAUCUGUUAUUUCAUUUAUGUUAAUUGAUAAAGAUUAAAUGAACACGAAUAUUUAAUGAAUUUAAUAAAUAUUUAAUGAAUGAUAA